AUGAGACUCUCCGUGCGUGUCGGGCUGGCCGGCCUGCUAAUCCUCGCCAUCGUCCUCGUCAAACGCAACCUCGACCUCAUGCGAGACGACUCGCGCGUGCAACCGUUCUGGCAGAUCAACUUCUCCAACAGUGCCGGUGGCGGUGCUGGCUCUGCGCAGCAACUCUCCUCGCCUCCCACCACCAAGCAAGAAGGCGUCGUGCCUGAUGGCUUCAAGAUCGGCACCCCUAUCAACAGCGACGACAAUGUUUUCGAUCACAGCAAGCAGCCGAAACUCGCGGGGACGCCGUUGAAGACGGAGACUGGGUCGGACCAGGAUGAGAUUCAGGUUGAGAAUCAGACGUGGGAGACGACGCCGAUCACCGUGCCGGUGGACGGUGCGAUUGUGAUGGCUAGGCUGUCGAGUGAGGAUACGCAAUGGGUGGCCGAUGAAUUGGCACACUGGCGACGAAUCAUCUACACUGUCGACGACCUCAGCGCAUCCAUGCACACACCCACGAACAAAGGCCGCGAAAGUCUCGCCUACCUCCAAUACAUUGUCGACCACUACUCCGACCUCCCCGAAACCAUCGUCUUCAUCCACAGCCACAAGGACGGCCUCCCCGCUGGCUGGCACACCGACACCAUCGAAUACAGCAACAUCGAGUCCGUCCGCUCCCUGCGCCUCGACUACGUCCAGCAAAACGGCUACGCCAACCUCCGCUGCCAGGACGCCCCGGGCUGUCCCGCUGAGAUUCACCCCUCGUUGAAAUCAUCCUCGUCAAAGGCUAGCACGUCGACGGAUAGUGUCUACGCGCAGGCGUGGGUGGAGCUGUUCAACAACACCGAAGUCCCUGAGGUCGUGGGUGUGCCGUGCUGUUCCCAAUUCGCCGUCUCCCGGGAUCAGGUCCUCAAGCGGCCGUUGAGCGACUACCAGCAUUACUACGAGUGGGUGCUGACGACGGAUUUGUCGGAUGAAGUCGCCGCCCAUAUUAUGGAGUACACCUGGCAUAUCAUUUUUGGACAGAAUCCGGUGUAG